CAGUCGUGGCGUGAUACUAGCUACCCUCAACAAGUGUUCUAGCAUUUUCAACCCGCACCACUACCUAAUCCCAACACACCGUCUCGCGAUGCAUCCGUUGGUCGGGAUCCAAGGAACCUUGAAAUUUUAACGGAACACGAGAAAAGAAAGUACAUCUGCUUGAAUCCUCCCCGUCGUCGUGCUAACGACGCCUACGGUUACCGCGGAACAACCGUGGGAUGGAAUUCGUGAGAAAAGCAAAGUGACCAAUUAUGUAAUCCGAGUAAUUGACAUCAAACGCAAGGAAACUCAUUCUGCCCUGCAAAGAUGUUACGAUCGUCCGGAUACCGUGUAGAUCCAGCGGAAGUCUUGCAAGAUUAUGGGAUGAUUUUUGGACUGUGACAAUUUCUUUCGGAAGUGGAGUGGAACAAUGAUACCGAAACAGUGAAGGGAGAGCGAUAAGUAGUUGAAAUACUCAUGUGAAAAAUUCAAUUCGACAUCAACAGGUUUCACCGCUUGUCGAGUCCAUCUGUCCAGUCUCAUGGUUUUUAUGUCGUAUUGUUCCAAAUGCUGAGCAACCGGAUUGACGUGAUCUUGUGAAAGGUUUUUGUGUGGAAACCUUUUCACGGACAGGUCUAGGCUGAUUUUUCAAGCUUACGAGCUGAGAUGAAUUUUGGACCAAUCCCCUGAUUCCAUCGAACCAAGAAUAUAACUUUCCUCCAGGACCGCACGCAAGGGACCAUAAACGCAUUUUCCUUGGUAAUUAGAAUGUUGAGCUUCAGAUUUCUCCAAUUAGCAAUUCCAGAAAAGUUAGACGAAAUAAAUCAUCUCAUCCGCGACUGUGGGACGGGUUCAUCGUGAAAUGACGCUAAUUUAUUCCGUCUAAUAUUCGAUAAAAACGUAACCAAAACGGAAAGACAAAAGAAAAAGGACAAAUUUCGUUCUAGUUAAUCGCAUCGUAAAAUCGAAGAAUAACUUGGACUCAAUAAUAACCAAUCUUGAGCUACGAAACGACCGAUAUUAAAAGGACACCCCGUGUCCAUCGAUAGUGGAGAUGAGAAGGUGUGUCCUCGGUUCUUGAAUACUUGUUCGAAGGACGACCGAAAUCCGAAAUCUAUAGUCUGAAAACUCCGGCUCUCAAGAAUCGGAAUGUGAUUGGACGAGCAGAUAAAAAUUUACGAUGUCAGUGCUGGCCAAGGCGAUUCGGUUUGACUAUAAAAAGUAUCCGUUCGUCCCGAGGUUUGUCUUCGAACGUCUUCGAGUCCUGGCGUCUUGAUUAGAAAAAACAUUUCGACCGUUCGAAGUCCGUCGAACGUGUAUACCGCAGCAGCGAGUGAAAUUCGGAUGAAAGAUGAGAAGAUUCGAUGCCUUCCGAAGAAUCUAGGAUCGAUUAGAAAGUUUUCAAAGUAAUGGGCGUAACGGGUACACCCGAUCUACUUGAGCCAAGUCCGUAAUUUUGAAAUACGAAACAAACUUUCCGUACACCUUUCCAACAUCAUACGAAAGACUAAAAGAUCAAGUUUGCAUUAAUUACGAGCGCCUCAGAAAAAAAACGAUCGUGAUUAAAAUAUCAUGAGAACGUACGUUCGAAGAUAAUUCCGAACACAGCUGAGAACGAGGAACGAAAAAAAAAAAAAUAAAAAAAUAAACAUGAGUUCCGUCAGAAGAUCGGCGACCGCGAAAAGUGGAACCGCUCGACGUAUGGGACACGUGUUCGUCGGUUCUUCCCCAAGUGUUAAAAAUUUAUCCCCAGGAACUAUCGGCCGGGGAAGCAGUAGCGGCUCUCCGCUUCACUGCAGAUCGAAAUAUGAGUUAAGAAGCGUCAGCUUCGAAGGUUCCAGCAGGGUGCUACCUUGGACAACUCGCUCACCAGCUACUGACACGGUAUCACGAAGGGGCGUCUUCUCGAGGCGGUACUAUGGCAGCAUCGAAAUGCUGCCGCAAGUCGAGCAAGACGGCUUGGAAAACGGAAGAAGAUUUCGUGUGGAAAAUGGGGACUCCCUCGGAGAAAAAGAAGAGAUGUUUGGAUCACCCAGUACACCGGUCCUCGAAAAUCCGGAGAACCAAACGCGAUGGUACUUUAAAUAUUUUCUUGGAAAACUGCACCAGAAUUAUGUGGGUUCGGAUCAAGAGAGGAAUCCCAUCUUCCUUUCCGUAGUUCUCAGUGAAGGAGCAGGAGAUCGCUGCGUACCUCACUACAGAGCAAUUCUUUGGCGGCGAACUGGAGCACAAAAAAUAUCACUACCUUACUUGGCGAGUAAACCCAUGACGGUCAAACAAAUAUUAAGCAACUUCCCGGGGAUGGAUAAACUAGACAAAGGUCCACGGGAGAUAUUUUCUCCCGAUAUACAGAAGGACCUCCUACUUUUGGAAGAACAAGAAGGAUCAGUAAAUUUCAAAUUUGGGGUCGUGUAUGCUAAGGAGGGUCAGACAACGGACGAUGAAAUGUUGUCUAAUGAGAAAGGCAGCCCGGAAUUUCACAGGUUUUUAGAAAUACUCGGCGAAAGAAUUCGAUUGAAAGGAUGGGACAAAUACAGAGGUGGUCUGGAUGUCAAAGGUGACAUGACGGGAAAGGAGAGCGUCUACACCGUCUACGCAGGCCAUGAAGUUAUGUUCCACGUUAGCACGAUGCUACCACACUCUAAAGAUAAUCCUCAACAACUCGAACGCAAACGACACAUCGGAAAUGAUAUUGUCAACGUCAUAUACACCGAUGAUCCCUCCGUUCUUGACUCGUUCAAUCCAAACUGCAUCAAAAGUCAAUUCACCCACGUAUUCGCCAUAGUGAGUAGCGACAGUAGUGGAUGGAAGGUGGCAGUUUACUGCGACGAAAGCGUACCUUUAUUCGGACCUAGUUUGCCCUGUCCUCCCGUUUUUGACGAUCAUCACACAUUCAGAGAGUUUCUUCUGGUCAAGCUGAUCAAUGGAGAAAAGGCCACCUUCAAUACUCCAACAUUUUCCCAAAAGCGGGAGCGAACUCUGGACAUGCUGAUCAGGGACCUUUACCAAGAACAUGUUCAAGAUUCGAAAGGAAGCAACAUGCUCAACCGACGGGCAUUGUCCGACGUUGUCGAGGCACCGGGAAGGCGACGUGAAGAGACUCGUGCUGUGGAGAUGGUGCGGGUUGGACAAGCUUACAAGUUGGAAGCCAUUGUCAGAGGACUCGCACCAACGUCAAUGGCCACAGCAGGUCCCUUCAAGCCAAGUCCCUGGGAGCCUCUUUGCGUCUAUCCCGAUUUCCCGCAGGAUAUAAUAUGCGGCGACUCAUGGUCGCAGAAGAAUCGAAUUGUUCUGGCAACCGAAUCAGGAACUUUUUUAAUAGAAGAUGGUCUCUCGCAUAGACUCAUAAUCGACAAAUCGGUCCAGAUCAAACAGUUGGACGUGGUUGAGCAGCAUGGAAUUCUGCUUAUCCGGGCCGGAGAAAAAGGAAGGGAUAGUAAAAUUCACGUGUUUCGAUUGAGCGAAUUCGAGACUGACUCCGGAGGUGUGCUUCCCAAAACAAGGUCACAUUCGAAAGAACGAAAAUUAGAGCGAACCAGAGGGUGUCAUCUGUAUUCUUUGACACGACCGGGUGGCUCUCAUCUGCGGAUGUGUGCGGCAAUAGGGCGACGCCUCGUCGUCAUGCAAUGGAAACACAGCGCGGCGUGGACCGCUUGGUGUCCAGCUUCGGAUACCGACACCGUCGAUGGAUUCGUCUUCGUUAAGGAACUCACGGCCAGUGAAGUACCCAGCUUCGUUACAAUCGUCGAGGGAGCGACUGGAUGCGGUGAUUGGGCACUUUGCUGUGCUCUACGGCAUCACUUCGAACUCAUCUCAGCUGAGGGUACCUCAAGGAUACUCUGUGUCGAAACCAGCAACAAACCUCAUCUUGUCGCUGCUCUGGAUCUUCGAGAGGAUGAGGAGCCAGAGUUGCUCCUGUGCUACAACAACACAUGUCACUUUCAAAAAUUGAUCGACGAAAGCAUGGCUUCGACCGCCUUUGAUUUCCACUGGAAUUCCGUGCCGACUGCAGUUGUUUGUGCUUUUCCGUACGUCAUCGCGUUCACCUCAGACACAAUGGAGAUACGGUUGAUCAUAAACGGUAACCUGGUUCACACGAUGGUGAUGCCAAAUUUGAAUUUGAUAUCGUCCAAGCAUGACAUGUUCUUUGCGACUACGGCCCCUGAAUUCUUUUCAACUCGGGGCGAGAGAAUUCAUUUUGACGGAAGAACGGAUAAGGAGGACAGAAACAGCAGCCCCCCAGCUUCACCUCAUUCCGCUUCCCCUGAGGCUAAACCGAUGAGGAUUUACAAAAUCCCUCUGAGCACUCUCUCUGGAACGGCCGUUUCCACCUGCGAAAGAAGAUGUCCUAGUCCUGCCGAGCCGGAUUUGGUAUCCGUACCGCCUUCUGGCGAUAGAAACUUCCUUAUGGUCGACUCCAACCGAACUUUGAGUAGAUCAUGUAGCAGCAGUCCAACGCCAGGCCAAGUACCCUGCCUCCCGGGCAUGGGAAUAAACAAGUAACUUCGAUUUUGAGGUUUAAAAACCCAUAUAAAUUAAAAAUCAAAAUUACAAAAAAAAGAAACAUAAGAAAUUAGGAUUUUUAUUGGCACUUGAAUCGCCAAUGCCUCAAUCUCACUGAGCCCACAUUGAGGCAUUAGCUUCAAACGUAUGACGUGCGUCUACUAGUAUUAAUGCUAAAAACUGAUAAAAGAAUUGCAAUCGUGUGUCUGCGCAUGCUAAUUUCUUACGUACCUUUAAUCCAUAAUAUAUGAACAUAAAUAAGUAAAACAUAUUCAUAAUUCACAUAUUAGAUACUAAUUGUACAUCUUCAUUGUCUUCUCUUCUGUGAUAUGGCGAUACUGCUGUUUGAAACUAUAAAAACAUACUAAGAUUACCGAUUAGCAUUGCCUGAUGGCAAAUGAUGUAUACGGAGAAUUCCACGUCAUUUCGAAAAAACCAAAAAAAGUCACCCUCCUCGAUUUCUUCAGCGACUUUAUUGCUGAUAACUCUCGAUUCAAAACUCUUGUGUGAUUUUUUUCAAAGUUUUUUGUCCAGCAGUUCUUAAGUGUUGGAUUUUCGGAAACUCAAGAGAUUUUUGAACAAAGAGCUAUUGUAAAAAAAUCACUACAAACUCAAAGAGGAUGACUUUUAUUGGUCUGUCGAAAUGACGUGGAAUUCCCCAUAUCAAUAUAGUAUAUACGAUGGAAAAAUUUCUGUAUAUAAUUUAACUCGCGCAAAUUCCACUCGUCCAUUGUUCUCAAUUAUACUUCAUGUGAUACGCGAACGCCAUUCUCUACAUAUUUUUAAGGAAUGAGUGAUAUCAUCCUUACGUAGCGAUGCAGACGUGCUAAAGAAAUAAAAAAAAUAUAUACAUAUACAUAGGCAUAUGAAUAUAUGUAUAUAUAUGGACAUAGGACAGAUAUUUCACCAUAUAUAGCGUUUGGUUUCAGAACAUAUAUAUACAUCAUGAAUUAAUACAUUAUAUACGUACAUAAAAGAUACGGUUAGGCUUCUAACGCGUGAUUUUACCUGUACAUGUACUAGGUACGCUGUAUGGUUUUUGUCAUGUAAGUAAUGCAUAAUGAAGAUUGAAAAAAUGUAUACAUGUACAGGGUGAGUCACGCCAAGUGUCGAGAAUGGGAGGGACUCGAUAGACACGAGGCCACGCCCCUUCAACCAAUCAGCAACGAGGCCACGCCCCUUCGACCAAUCAGCACCGAGGCCACGCCCCCCUCAGCCAAUCAGCUACUUGCUACUUGCUGAUUGGCUGAAGGGGCGUGACCUCGUGCCUAUUGAGUCCCUCCCAUUCUCGACACUUAAAUUGACUCACCCUGUAUGUACAUAGUGUGAAAAUAUAAGUAUAAUACCUGUGUGUGCAGCACACCUUGUUUCAAAUGUCUGAGAAUAUAUCGUCAAUUUUGGAAUUGGUGACCUAUUAUCAGCCCAAAGAUUUGAGUUCGGCACAAAAUUGUUGGAGAAAAAUUUUCGCGGAUUUGAAUGCCAUGAUAACAAAACGCACACUGUAGCGUAUGAAGUGUUUGAAGUACUGAAGGUAUAACACAACUGUGUGUACAAAUUGCUAUUCGUGACUUAUUGCUAUAAAGAACAGACGAAACAAAAAUCCUCAAUGACAAUCUGUACGUUUGAAGAAAAACGGCAAUUAAAUGAAGUUAUCAAAUUAAUUAGUGCGGGAUUUUCCGAUUAGAGAACUUGAGAGGAAAAAUCGAAUGAAAUACAUAAUAUAGAGAAUUUUUUUCACUUUGGUACACUUUACCGGAAGAAUUAUAAUUAUAUAUGGAAAGACUUUAUACGUCGCGCACGCGGUAUAUGGGUAAGCUGCUUUGUCGCAGUUAUCCAAAACAUAUUACAAUACGAGCCACGUAAAUAGGUAUAUAUCGAAAUGAAAUACAUACAGAGGAGAAAAUAUUAUGCAGUCAUAGCAAAAUCUAUCAAUAUUCAACUAUCCAUACCUAUCGUUGUACCAAAUUCAAAUGGGAUUAUAAUAUAUUAUAUUGUUACCAAAGUAAAUUCACUAUAAGAUGAUGAAAUAAUAUAUUUAGAAAAGAUAGUAAUAAUAUUGUAAGAAAAAUACAAAAUUUCCUUAAACCAG